CAUCAAUCAUCACUCAUCAAUCAUAUCAUAGUGUCCCAUACUCCGUACAAUAAUAAAUAAACCCGUCACUCGAUCCACCGCCAUUCGCAGUCUUGGCUCCGCUCAGGCCAUCGCUUAAGCCCACCCGUGGAUCUUUUCUUUCGUGAUUUCUCUCUCUUCGUUCUGUCUCUCAAUUAUCCAUUCUCUCCAAUUCCCCCAACAUGGCCCAUCCCACUCUUCUCUCGCGCUCCCCCUCCUUCCUGGCUCCCUCGCGACGCUGUCUCUUCUCUCUCCCCGCCUCUUCCUCCGUCGCCGCCUCUCAAUCCCGUCGUCUCCAUCGCCUGUCCACCACCACCACCACCAGCAAAUCCCUCCAGACCAACUCUCCCCGUCUCUCAAACCGCCUCAUCCCCUCCAACUACUCACCCUCUCCUCGCUCCUACCACUCGCAACAUCACCCCGACCCGCCCGUCCACGAAUACACCAACUCGCAAACCACCAUCCUCUCCGCCGCCCUCCGGCACAUCCCGCAGCAUGGCUUCACCCGCGACGCAUUGACCCUGGGCGCCCGCGACGCCGGCUUCCUCGACGUCUCCGUGCAGCUGUUCCCGCGCGCCGAGUUCGACCUGAUCCUGUUCUGGCUGGCCAGUCGCCGCGGUCUGCUGCGCGCCAGCGUCGACGACGGCCUCUUGCUCCCGUAUGCCGACGCCUCCGUGGAUCAGAAAAUCAAGGUCCUCCUGAUGGAGCGGCUGCGCAUGAACGUCGACAUUAGACACCAGUGGCAGGAUGCCCUGGCCCUCAUGUCCCUCCCCAGCAACGUCCCCCUCUCGCUCUCCGAACUGCACGCCCUCUCCGACGACGUCCUGAACCUGGCCGGUGACUCCUCUGUCGACGCCGCAUGGUACACCAAGCGGCUGUCUGUCUCCGCCAUCUUCGCCUCCGCCGAGGUCGUCAUGACCCGCGAAGCUCCCGGCUCUGGCCUCGCGGACACCGAGGCCUUCGUCGACCGCCGCGUCGAGGAUGUCAAGGCCCUCGGCGACAAGGUGUCCGGCGUCAAGCAGUGCUUGGGGUUCAUGGGUUCCACGGCGGUCGGGCUGGGGAGGAGUUGGGGGUUGAAGAUUUAGUUCCUUGCCUUUUAAGUCCCUCUUGUUGGAUUGAGGGGGUGAAUUUGUAUUUGUAUUGUCGUGUACAGUAGUUAUAAUUACAUUGGUUGCCGUCUAC